CCGUGGGAAAGGGAUGGGGAGGGAGCAGAGGAUUGGGGGUUGGGGGGGGGGGGGAUUAGUGCAGAGUCGAUGCCCGGUGUCUCUUUUAGACAACAACAAACUCGAGAGAGCGGCUGAUAGAAAAGCGCAGCAGGCAGAAACCCGCGCGCACCCUCCAUCCAGACCCCGGCGCGCAAGCAUGUCUCUGCCCGGCCCGCAGGCACCAGAGGACGGACUCCACGGCUCCUGGGUGGAGCUGGAGGAGCUGAUCACCGCCGUGAGCCGCAGGGAGAGCCCGGCGGGGUCGCAGGAGAGCAUCUCCUCUGCCCUGCAGGGGGAGCUGGAGAGGAUCCUCCUGGAGGCCCAGCUGGAGUGUGAAAGGAGCAAAGACAGUCCUACACGUGAGGGGACUCCGCAGUCCACCGGUUCCCCGAGACCCACCAGUGAUCAGGACAGCGACUGCAUCACCAUACAGGAGGAGGCUGAGAGGCGAGUGGACACCGACUGGGUGUGGGAUUGGUCCAGUCGACCUGAAAAUAUGCCACCAAAAGAGUUUGUGUUCCAGCACCCGAAGCAGCAAAGCUCCCUGAGCGUGAGGAAGACGGAGGUGAUGAAGAGGGGAAUCUUCUCCUCCGAUGUUUUCCUCAUCCUUGUUCCCUCACUGCUGGCGUCACACUUGCUCACACUUGGAGUCGGGAUCUACAUUGGGAAGCGUUUGGCUGCUUCAACAACAAGCACGCUGUGACGUCGGCUGCAGCCCGGUUCAGUCCUUCUAUUACUAGUUGCUAGUGUGCCUCCUUCCUUCUCCAUCGUGGGGCAACUUUAGGACCCAGCCCGUCUGUACCUCUGCCCCUCCGUCCACCCAGCAGCGCUCUGCCUGAAGAGGCCCCGAUGAGGAGAACGGUGGCCUCCCACCGGCGAGGUCGGAGAGGAGCGAUCGCCCCGGAUACAAGAGAGAGGAGAGGACGAGUUUUAGCCGGCUAGAACAAUAAAUCCCUUUCCAGUGGAGGAGAUGAAAACGGUGAUUUGGGAAACGUGUGACAAAGAUGAGAUGUGACCCCCCCCCCCCCCAUCCAAUUGUCUGUCAUGUGUCAGAGCGAAUGAGGACGUGUACCAGCGAGCUGCACUGAUGCAGCAUCUGAUGUAGAGACUGAGUGGACGUAGCAGUGGCUCUGUUUGUGCUUUUUGUCCCGUAAAACCAAUUAAAUAUUUGACCACCGAUGAAGACAAUCGUGAUCCCAUUAAACUUCACUCCUGCAAACCUUUAA